GAGGCUCCACGUCUCCCAGGCUAUAUAAAGUCCGGCAGGUCGAAGCAGUUCCCACUCUCCCUUCGUGUGCCUAACCCGCCGUUCUCAUACAUCACACACAACACAGGCUAUGCGUGGACCCGCGGUAGCAGCAGUAGCGGUGGUGGCGGCGGUGGCGGCCCUCUUGAGCGCACAGGUAGCGGGAGCGGCAGCGGCAAGGCGUGGCGGCAGCGGCGGCGGCGUGGGCGGUAACGCCGGCGACCUGCAGGUGACCGACGCGGCGAUGGCGGGGCUGCUGGGGUCGCAGGAGGUGCAGUACCCCUACAGACCCGACACGUUCAAGUCUCCCGUCGAGCUGCGUCAGUAUCUCAACGCCCUCGACGCCUACUACGCCAUCGCCGGCAGACCCAGGUUCGGCAAGCGGGGUAUGCGCGGAGCCUCCCAGUCGCGACAAAUGUACUCCUCUGACCUCUACGAUUACUGAGAUCGAUGACGUUACUUCGCUACACAUUCACUCCCCAUCGCCCUCCCCCACAUCUCCCCACGAGAUGAAUAUCUUCCCCACCCCUUUCUUUAGCUCUAUGGACCGCCCCUACCCACCCCACCUCUCUCCUUCCCUCUCUCGAUCCCCCAACAGCUGGGUAUCUAGUUAUAGCUAUAAGGAAUUCGUCGAGAGAGUGUUAAACAUGGGGAAACUUGUAGAUUUUUGACGCGCGUGGAAGGCGUAAAGAUACAUAUAUAUAUAUUUAUAGAGAUACAUACAUAUAUGUGUAUAUGUAUGCAUAGACGUACAUAUGUAGAUAUAUACAUACAUGUAUACACUACCUUACCUUCAUUCUGACUGUUUAAUGAUAUAUGUGAUGAAGAAAAGUGAAGAAAAGGUCUUGUACCCCCCACCUAUCCCUUCUCCCCCCCCCCCCAAAGUUCUACGUACGUGGAAAUUGAUAUCGAGAUUUCGUUCCACCUCAAGAGAGGGAUGAAAGCAAAGGAAAUGGAAGAAGAAGAUGAUGAAGAAGAAAGAGGAGAGGAGAAGAAGAAGAAGAAGAAGAAGAAGAAGAAGAAAUAAAGUACUAUGUCGUAACUCAUUCACGUAUUCAUUUUGUCUCAUCUGUCUCCUUCUUUGAAUAUCUCUCUGUCCACAUAUCUAUUUUUCUCUGUUAUCACUACUCAUCCAUCUUUAUCUUCUCUCUCUCUCUCUCUCUCUCUCUCUCUCUCUCUCUCUCUCUCUCUCUCUCUCUCUCUCUCCUCUCUCUCUCUCUUUCUCCCCUUUCUAGCACCGAGUCUUUAGCCCACACUGGUCUCGCUGUGUAUUUGUCAGCCCAGCUUUUGCAUGUACUACUCAUUCUAUAUAUAUAAAUAUAUUUGCUUAUAUAUACAGACAAUAAAUAAAACGAUCGAAUUCCC